AUGACAACAGUAAAGCUAUACGACGGCGAGAAACAGGAUUUUUUAGACAACUACCCGGUACUCACCAAAUUCAUUUCGGGGGAUGCAUCGAAACCACUAGUUGCUUUUAUUCCCGGGCUCGCACACAAUGCCCGCAUCUCCUACGGCGGACACCAUAAAAGCCACAGUGAAGACUUUAUAGCCCACUGGUUUCAUGAACACGGAUAUGGAUUCCUGGGCAUUUCAUAUCCUUUAGAAACUGAUCCGGAGAUCAUGCCUCCUACCGGCAGGGAGCUUUCAUUGCGUGAUUGGGGUAAACAGGCCGCAAAAGCGAUGAAGAAGGUGGUGGACGAGCAUGAAGUAUCUUCGAAGGUCGUCAUUUUAGCCUGGAGUAUGGGCGGCAAGAUUCUGGAGGCGGUUACCGUUGAGGCAAAGGCUCUCGGGCUCACUGUGAGCUUAUUCGUUUCAUUGGCCGCUACUCCGGCACUAUGGGGAUUGCGAAGACCUGUGCAGCAGUCUCAUGCUAUCUUGACUCCCGCGGGCUACUGGGACAAUAGGUUUUUGCAUGGAAGAUUUCUCUCUCAGCUGGCAGAGCAAAAUCAACUCAAUGAUGGCCGAACUAUUAUUGAUGAAUCUGUCUACAAAAGAGAGUAUUUCGGCGCAACUCCGGGAGGAUCGGGUGGCUGGGGAUUUCGUUAUAGCACAAAAGAACGGAAACUGAUCGAGGAUAAAUGGGCACUGCUCGAAGAAGGUCGGGUCGAUAAUUAUGGAAAUCUCCCGGCGAUGGCCGCUAUUUCUCCCACGAGCCCGCUCGACUGGCGACACUCGAUGACCGACAAUAUCAAUUGGAGCUAUCUGAUCAUCCAUAAAUUUGUCGUCGAUGCUCAGAAGAUCAAAGAAACGCGCAAAGCUUCAAUUAGUGAAAUGGAUGUAUUGGAGCACCUCAAGGCAUUUAUUUAUGAGAUUCCGGAUCGCAUGAUUACAGACAUUGAAGGCAACCACUUCUUCUUCGUCGGUGCUAAGGGGGCAAAGCAGACAGCGGAGAUAGUCAUACGAUUCAUGCAGGAAGCCGAGAAUAUUCAGACUAAGUUUGAGAACCUAAGAAUGUAA